AUGGCCGACCUCACCUUCACCCUCAACAGCGGCCACAAGAUCCCCGCCGUCGGGUACGGCACCUGGCAGGCGGCGCCGGGCGUGGUAGCCGAGGGCGUGUACCACGCGCUCAAGUCCGGGUACCGCCUGCUGGACUGCGCGUACUGCUACGGCAACGAGGCCGAGGUGGGCCAGGGCCUGGCGCGGGCCAUCUCGGAGGGCGUGGUGAAGCGGUCGGACGUGUUCGUGGUGACCAAGGUGUGGACGACGUACAACACGCGCGUGCAGGUCGGGCUGGACAAGUCGCUCGCCAACCUGGGGCUCGACUACGUGGACCUGUUCCUCGUGCACUGGCCGCUGCUCAUGAACCCGGAGGGCAACGACGACAAGUUCCCCAAGCUGCCCGACGGGAGCCGCGACAUCAUCAAGCAGGGCUACCACCACACCGACACGUGGCGCCAGAUGGAGGCGCUCGUGGACCCGGCGCAGGGCGCCGGCAAGCAGGCGCGCGCCGUGGGCGUGUGCAACUACUCGCGCCGGUACCUCGAGGAGCUGCUCAAGGUGGCCAAGGUCGUCCCCGCCGUCAACCAGAUCGAGAACCACCCGGCGCUGCCGCAAAACGAUAUCGUCAGCCUGUCCAAGGAGAAGGGCAUCCACAUCAUGGCGUACAGCCCGCUCGGGUCGACGGGGGGCCCGCUGUUCAAGGAGGAGGUCGUCACCAAGGUCGCGCAGAAGCACGGCGUCGAGCCCGCGGCUGUGCUGCUCAGCUGGCAUGUGCCCCGCGGGAGCACCGUGCUGCCCAAGUCGGUGACGCCGUCGCGCAUCGAGUCCAACCUGAAGCUCGUCAAGCUGGACGACGAGGACGUGAAGCAGCUCAACGCGUACGGCGAGGACCUGGAGAAGAACGGCAAGGUGCAGCGCUUUGUGUAUCCUCCGUUCGGAAUUGACUUUGGAUUCCCGGACAAGUCAUGA